GGUGUUCCUGUCAGAGUCCCCCUUUACAUUAGGUGUCCCCAUCAGAGUCCCCCUGUAUAUAAGGUAUCCCUAUCAGAGUCCCCCUUUACAUCAGGUGUUCCCAUCAGAGUCCCCCUUUACAUCAGAUGUCCCCAUCAGAGUCCCCCUUUACAUCAGAUGUCCCCAUCAGAGUCCCCCCUUUACAUCAGAUGUCCCCAUCAGAGUCCCCCUUUACAUCAGGUGUCUUCAUCAGACAGGUGUCCCCAUCAGAGUCCCCCUUUAUAUAAGAUGUUCCCAUCAGAGUCCCCCUGUACAGCAGGUGUCCCCAUCAGAGUCCCCCUUUAUAUAAGGUGUCCCCAUCAGAGUCCCCCUUUACAUCAGGUGUCUCCAUCAGAGUCCCCCUUUACAUCAGGUGUCCCCAUCAGAGUCCCCCUUUACAUCAGGUGUCCCCAUCAGAGUCCCCCUUUAUAUAAGAUGUUCCCAUCAGAGUCCCCCUUUAUAUAAGAUGUUCCCAUCAGAGUCCCCCUGUACAGCAGGUGUCCCCAUCAGAGUCCCCCUUUAUAUAAGAUGUUCCUAUCAGAGUCCCCCUUUACAUUAGGUGUCCCCACCAGAGUCCCCCUUUAUAUAAGGUGUCCCUAUCAGAGUCCCCCUUUACAUCAGGUGUCCCCAUCAGAGUCCCCCUUUACAUCAGGUGUCCCCAUCAGAGUCCCCCUUUACAUCA